AUGGAUAAUUAUCCAGUAAAAAUUGGUUCUUUAAGCCGUGAAAAAGUGCAAAUAUUAAUUGAAGAUGCAAUCGACUGGGCGCAUGGUAAUGGUAUGGUUAUGCGAAAGGGUUCUUGUGAAAAAACCAGUGAUUUUUGUCAGUUUGCACCGUUCACUCUUUUUCCAACGCCAUUUCCUCGUAAAUUAUUCGAAAAAGCUUUAGAAAUGCAACAGGCAAUGAAUUUAUUAUAUUUUCGUAUAUCGUGGGACUACGAAUUUCUCGUUGAAUCACAUAGAGAAGUGAUAAAAACCGAUGCAUUCACUAGAAAUCUUAUUGAUAUUUUAAAAAUAGUUCGUGAUGCAGAUUUCAAACAAUCGAAAAUGUUACUUAUUCAACGAUCGGAUUAUAUGUUUGAUGGAAGCAUUACGAAAGGAGAUUAUAAACUCAGACAAAUUGAAGUAAAUAAUAUCGCAGUAAGUAUGGGUGCCUUGGCUGAACGGACAACUAUUUUACAUAGGAGAGUGUUACAAGAUUUGGGUGUAAAAACUAAUGCACUGGAAUUAUUCCUGCCGUUGAACAGACCGAUUGAUACAAUCGCUGGCGGUCUUUAUCAAGCAUGGUUAGAUUUCGGAAUCGAAUCGGCUAUUGUCCUCACUGUUAUUGAAAAUGAGGACCAGAACCGUCUGGACCAACGUCACGUCGAGUAUCGCUUGGAUGAACUGAGUAAAAGGCGUAUUAAAUGUGUCCGAUUAACUUUAACAGAAUGUGGACAUAGGCUUUAUUUGUCUGACAACAAUGCUUUAUUAAUGGAUAAUCAAAUGAGAAUAUCACUAGUCUAUUUUCGUACUGGUUAUUCACCUGAAAAUUAUGCAUCUGAAUUUGAAUGGAAUGCCCGUCGUAAAAUUGAACUUUCUGAUGCGAUAAAAUGUCCAUGUAUCGGUCUUCAAGUAGCAAAUACUAAAAAAGUCCAGCAGGUGCAAAUGGCAUAA